AUGAGUGAUGCCGCACAGAACCCAGCAUUUCAUCAGGAAAGCGGAAAGACGUUCAGGCAGAGUGCGGCUGGGGCUGAGGUGAACGCAGCCCCCGGGGAAGCGGAGGAGCGUGAGUCAGACGCGGAGGCCGAGCAUGACCCUCCGGAGGCCGCCAGUGGGAGCUCCGAGGACCCAUACGAUGACUUGUACGUGUUCAUUCCCGAAGCCGAUCCAGAAAAUGAUUCACCAGAGCCGCUCAUGAGCAGCAGACCCCCCCUCCCCCCCCCGCGACCUACAGCUGCCGCCUGCCAACUGGAAAAACCUCACUUCACCUUACACGCAGGCAAAAGGGCGGAAGGCCACAUGGAAAGAAGUAAGAAAUGGUGUGAUCCUGGCGUGAGACAAGAACCAGGAGAUGAACUCAAAGGAGAAGAAGAGAAGAAAGAAGAUGAAAAGGAGCAGGAGAAAGAGGAAGAUCCAUACACUUUUGCUGAGAUUGAUGACAGCGAAUAUGACAUGAUACUGGCCAACAUGAGUAUGAAGAAAAAAACUGGAAGUCGGUCUUUCAUUAUAAACAGACCUCCUGCCCCGACACCCCGACCCACAAGUAUCCCUCCGAAAGAGGAAACCACACCUUACAUAGCUCAAGUGUUCCAACAAAAGGCAGCCAGAAGGCAAUCUGACAUCGACAAGUUCCAUGGUCCUCCUAAGAAACAAGACAGAGCUCGGAUGGAGAGUCCAGCCUUUUCUACUCCAAGGGGCUGUCUGGCCCCUGGGCAGGAAGAACUCAUCCUCCUGCAGGAAAGAGUCAAGAAUGGGAAAAUGACUGUGGAUGAAGCCCUGGAGAAAUUUAAACACUGGCAGAUGGGAAAGAGUGGCCUGGAAAUGAUUCAGCAGGAAAAACUACGCCAACUACGAGACUGCAUUAUUGGAAAAAGGCCAGAAGAAGAAAAUGUCUGUGAUAAGCUCACCAUCGUGCACCAUCCAAGUGGUAAUGAAACUGCCCACAAUGAAAAUAUGUUUUAUAACAUACCCUUCAACAAUAAGUUUCCUGCUCGACUCCAAGUUGAAAAGGAAUUUGGUUUCUGCUUGAGGAAAGAUCAUUAAAGAAGGUUAUUAUAAUGAAACUCAAGAAUCUGCAGACAUUGUGCCUUCUGGGUGAUUCAAGCUUGCUUUUGGAUUACCUGCUCUCUCCAGGGGAAUCUAUACUAUGAAAGCAGAAGCAAACCUCUGAGUUUCAGAAUUUGUUAUUGCCACAAUUUAUUGGUAUCAUACCUGCUUCAGAUGGGUAUAUUAAUAUUAAAAUAGAAUGCCAUGGAGUAACUGCAUUCUUUGAAAAUUCUUGAAUUUUACAAUGUGCUUUGCCAUGGAAGCAGCCAGUUCCCAUUUUGAAAAUUAAAAGAAAAUAAGAUCAGAGAAGUUAAAUGCUGCGUAGCAGCAUUAUUG